AUAUUUUCUAAUUGUCACUCCCUCUCUCUCUCUCCUCAUUUCCCCCUCUGCUGGAUGAGUCCUGACACCUGACUGAUGUUUGAGAGAAACAGCCAGUCACUCAUUCAGGCCGCCUUAAUUCCUGUGCUGGAGCUGAGGGUCCCGCCUCCCCGGGGGGGCUUAAAUCAGCGUUUCUGUGACAGGGCUUCUGUGUGCAGGCGACGCCCCCAAUCAGUGUCUGAUAAUAAUAACCCCACUCAGCAGAGGUCAGCUCCUCCUCCUCCUGCUUCAGCUCUGAUGGACUCCUGCUGGACCAGUUUCCUCUGCUCUGAUCAGCAGGACAUUCAAGAUGUUUUCAGCCAUGGAGAGAACAGCUUUGUUAGAGCGCCACCUUUAACACCCUGAUUAAACUUACUGUGGACUGAGCGUGCACGCGCUUUGACGCGAGUUUCAGCCUUUGGAUACUCCUCUCCAUAAGAGCGCGUCAGGCUGAUGUGUCUCAGUGCUGUCAGAGCAGAGGAGCUGGGAACACACACCCUCCUCACCCUCCUCACCCUCCUCACCUCCCUCUGUCAGGCUGCAGCCUCCACCUCUGUCUCCGUGACCACAGCACCAACACUCGUGUCUCCGCCUCGCUUCUCCUCACAUGCACUUGUGAGUCCUGCGUCUGGCACCAUGAACGGCUACGGCUCACCUUACCUGUACAUGGGGGCUCCCGUGUCUCAGCCCCGGGCCCCGCUGCAGAGGACCCCCAAGUGCGCCCGCUGCCGGAACCACGGAGUGCUGUCGUGGCUGAAGGGUCACAAGCGCUACUGCCGCUUCAAGGACUGCACCUGUGAGAAGUGCAUCCUCAUCAUCGAGCGCCAGCGGGUCAUGGCGGCGCAGGUGGCGCUGCGGAGGCAGCAGGCUAACGAGAGCCUGGAGAGCCUCAUCCCGGAGUCCCUCAGAGUGCUGCCCGGCAUCGGCCUAACCGGGUCCGGGGAAGGGACCCAGGGAGCCGCGGGGAGUUCAGAUGAGCUGGAUCUGAGGUGGAGCAGCUCGGAGCCGGUGCAGGCCACGGCCCAGACAUGCACAGAGUCGACAGAGGACGCAGCUGACGAGGUGUCCGGGGGUGAAAACGGCGGCAGCUCCAGUGAGAAGGAGCAAGAACCCGUCAGUUCUCCAGAGGGAUCCAAACCAAACACCUGCUACUCCCCGGAGCCUCCAGAGACCCUCCCCCAACCUGAGGAGAGCCGAUACAGCGUCUCCAAAGCUGGAGGCACCGAGAAGGAGACUAAGAGUGACAGUCCGCAGAAGUAUCCCGUCAGCUCCGGGGAGCAGAGCGUCCUGAUCGAGGGCCUGGCCGGGUCCAUCAACCUGCCCUUCAGCCUGCGGGCCAACAGGCCUCCUCUGGAGGUCCUCAAGAAGAUCUUCCCCGCUCACAAACCUCCGGUCCUGGAGCUCAUCCUCCGAGGCUGCGGCGGGGACCUGGUGGGGGCCAUCGAGGUGCUCCUGUCCAGCCGGAGCGCUGACGGCGGCGCGCACACGCACAGUGACGCGCACUCGGACGCGCUGGUUCUGCCCUCAAACGGACACCUGUUCGAACACACCCUGGGCUCUUACCACCCCGUCACCUCCUCCGCCAAGUGGUCGGUGGGCUCUGCUUUCCGGGUGCCCGAGUCCCUGCGCUUUACCUCCGACGCCGCGUCAGGCGUGGUUCCCACGGGGCCCCUGGGGGUCCCACUGCAGCACCCGUCCUUCCCACAGCCCACCCGUUACCCGCUCAUGCUGCGCAACUCCCUGACGCGCAGCCAGGCCAGUCCUUUCGUGCACAACGACGUGACCCUGUGGAAUACCAUGGCUCUGCAGCAGCAGUACCAGCUCCGCUCCGCAGCCCAGUACGUGUCUCCAUUCCCCCCCGCUACCCCCGCCGGACCUGCGGCGUCUGUGUUCCGCAGCUCCCCCAUCCUCGCACCCAGAGGACCCUCGGAGGAGCCGCGCAUCAGCAUCCAAGAGGAGAACUGCACGCUGGGGCCCAAGCCAAGCCUCUACUCCCCGGAUGAGGAGUACGAGGAGCGGUCUGACUCCUCAGACUCCCGCAUCCACAACUCGUCCUCCUAAAACUCCACACGAAUAAUGAGUUUUAGGAGGACGAGGCCCCCCCAAAAAAAGUGUUACACUGGAAAUACA